AUGGCAAUGGCUCAAAAGGAUAGGAAUACAAGGAUCGCCCAAAAGGCCUUUGAAAUGGUCGAUAAAGUGUACGGUAAGUCCCACAAAAUAGCCCCUCCAUCAUAUGUUCCAAGAGACGAGUUUGCUUCUCGUUAUAACCAAAGUUCUUACGAAUAUGGUGCUCCAAAAGUUAAUACCAUAAAAGAGGGAACUCGUACUGCUAGUUGCAGCCGAUUCAUUUAUAAGUAUUCAAACGACUCAACCAUACAAGAACCGGUUGUUUCUCGCCCCACAGAACAUGUUCAAUACUUUGGUGGUUCCAGUCCUCUUACCGGCCAUGCAAACCGGUUUGAGAGGCCGAAAGAACGGGCUAUUAGCUGCGACGAGGCGGCCCGACUCUAUGGAGGGGUGCUUAUUAAGGAGUUUCGUAAUUAA